AUGCCUUCAACAGGCUUCCUCCGACUACCACCGGAGCUGCGCAACACGGUCUACCAGCACAUCUAUAUCAGAGGAAGGCGCUACGUGUCUGGUCGAGACUGGUCAAGCGCCACCAACGGCAGUGGGCUAUUCUUCACAUGUCGACAGAUCUACCAGGAAACCAUCCAUCAGUACCAUUCCUUCGACUUCGUCUUCCUGACUGGUUCCACAACGGACUACAGCUGGCUUGAUAAGAUAGGCUCGGAGGGCAGGAACAAGCUGUUAAAUGCAGCGGUCGACACGGAGUCUUUUGGGGUUGAGCCAAGAAUGUUUUUCUAUAUGUUGUCACGAUGUGAAAAGCUCUCGCUGGAGAUAGAUAUCCGCGCAAACCGUCUCAUUUCCAUGUGGCAGAACGGUGCCUUUGAGUCCAUGCAUGGCUUUCAUUGGGCUAGAGCUAUUGCUUCACCCCCCCGUCCGGGUGCAAGCACGUGUGGGAAGCACAUGGGUGAAUGGCAUCUUGAGUUUCCGCUAGGUAGGCGUAGAGAAAUCGAGAAAGAGCGAGCGGGCUAUGACAGCGAGGUGGCAAAGUUGCUGCCGCAUAUGAGAGGCCAGUGUCCCAUGAAUUGCAGGUUGCAUGUUGGGAGAGCAGGGAGAUGCACGCAGGCUAGCGUUCAUGUCAUCUGUGAUUCGAAAUGUGCUUUUGAUAUCUGA